AUGGCCCUAAAAAGUAAAGCAAGCGGAGGAUUUUUACUUAACCUAUUCCAAGCUCGACUAAGCAUCAGUGUAGCAAGCAUUGGCACAAUGAAUCCCCAAGUUCACAUCCACUAUGGAUGCUUAACUAUGAAAUCAAAAACAGCCACAGGCCAAGACCAGAACCCUCAUUGAAACGAAGGGUUCAGCUUCGAAAUAACCGAAAACGAAUUAGAAUUAAUUGUAUACCAUAAACCUCUCCUUCUUAAAGAAGUCGAGAUCGGACGUUGCAAUGUCAAAAUCGAAGAUACUGCAGGCUGAUUUGAAAUUACAAAAGAAGGGAAAAAGGUAGGAUCGAUUAGAAUUGCCUUAAGGGAAGAAAAAGAAACAAGUGUGCAGAGCACAAAUCACUCUAGCAAUAAUUCCUGGGACUUGCAAAACGAAUAUACCAAAAAAUUAGCAGAGCUUGAACUUGAAAAAGAAGAAGUCAGCUUUUACAAGAAAAAAUAUAAGCUGAAAUUAGAAAAAUUGAAGCAAGAACGAAGGCGAUUGCAAGGGUAUGAAGAAGGAGUAAUAACUGACGAAGCUUUAGGAAUUUCAACUUCAUUGGAUGAGUUGAAAUAUUCAAAUUUCGAAGUCGCAGAAGAAAACAACUAUUCAAGACAUGAUGGCAGCUUGAAAUUAAUUUUUGAAAAAAUUCAAAAGCACACGAAAAAAAUGCAGAACGCUCAAAUGGAAAUUAUUAAAAGAAAACAACUUUUGAGGGCUCAAGAAGAAAAUUUGGUUCAAGAGAAAUUAAGAAUUAAACAAGAAUGGGAAAAUAUGGAGAAGGCGAAGAUUGAGUUUGAAGUGGUCAAAAAAAGAAUAAGUGAUGAGUACCUGAAAUUGAAACAUCACAAGCAGAAACUGAAAUUACAGAAUAAGCUAAUUGAGAUGAAUAAACAAAGGGCUAAUAAAACAGCAAGGCAAAAAGAAAGGCAUCAGCAAAUUCUGGAUAAGAUCAAGAAUUCGAAGAGUCCUGAGCAAAGCGAUUGAAGUGAAAACCCUAUUUGGACUGAUAAUGAGCCUAGUUUAAAGAAUGAUGCGAUUGAUUUCUCUUAUACUCAGCCGAGAAGGGCACAGAGUAUUGAAGGUCAUCCACUUAUUGAUUUUCAUACAGCCCGAACACCUCAAACUUCAGAAAAGCCAAGGCCUCCAUUGCACCCGCUUUCAGCAAAUUCAUCGUCACGAUUAAUUUGUUUUGAAUAA